GACCUCCUCACCGACCGGGUACCACCGCCUCAUCCAGACGAAACGACGUCGCAUGGAACCGCGAACUCCAUUCGACCUCCGACACCGGGGCAUACUUUAGCCGACAGUCACCACCUCGCCUUUAAGGGGGAAAAUCAGAUAGAAUCAGCCCAGGAGAGAGAGAGAAUCAAAAGUUUCGAAUCCUAAAUUUCUGCGUCCAAUUUUACUGCGGUAGAGAAGGGAAUAUAAUGGCUGUCAAGUGUGCUACUGAGAUUUAGAUGCUGAUUUUGCACGUUUCUUUAGCUGCACUUUGUUUACAUCAGGUGCUCGAACUAACUAUUAUCUCUUUGGAUUCGAAUUCUUUUUAUUUAUUUUUUAAUUUUUUAAUAAGCGAGAAUGUAAGGGUUAAUCAUGUGUUGGGGAAUGUGGAUUUCGAUUUAGUUUGGAAAUAAAGAUUUAUUUUUUUUGUUUUAUCUGAGUGAAAUCGUGGGCAUUUUGUUCUGACUGUGGCAUUUGCAAGAUCUGCCAUCAAGGGGACUCAUUCAGUCUAGUUUUUGCGUAAUUUGAUUCUGUAAUGGCAAUUUGUGUGAAUUCUAGUUAUUGAGAAUUAUUAUGGGGUGCUGUUUGUUAUGGGUGAUGGAAAAGUUGUUUUCUUUGCAUAAAAUGCUUUCUGGGUUCUUGUUGAUUAGCUUAUUUCCGAUUUUCAGGAUGUGUAAGAAAUGAGAAAGUUGCUGGGAAAUUUAUGGUUCUUGGCACUAAGCUAUUACUUAAAGUGACCUUGCUCUAAAAGCAUCAAUAUUCAGGUUUGCAUCUACUCUAGCUUGGUAGCCGGAGUCAUGGGUGUCUCAGGAAAAUGGUUUAAAUUAUUUGUUGGCUUGAAGAAAUCAGAAAAAUCACGAUCUUCAGAGAAGGAAGAAAAUAGUGCGGCUGCUAGCAAGUCUCAUCAACAGGGAAGUCAUUCAGUUGGGAUUGAUUCUGGUAAAAUUGAGGAUGAGUUGGAUCAGAUUGCUGCUCCACCAGCUGCAGAUUCCAAUUUCCAGCACACUGCAGAUGCUGGUGUCUCCCCUUCAGGUUCACUUGAAGUGCAGGAUACAUCCCCUAAUGAACAAUGUGCAAAGGAAGAAUGGGCUGCAAUAAGAAUCCAAACAGCUUUCCGAGGAUUUCUGGUUUUGACUCCACCAUGCCACCCUUUUGCCAGAUUGGAUUAGAAUCUAAAGUGAUAGUGUUUAUUUUGGAUGAGGAUUCAAAAGUCAAAACUAACCCGCAUUACCUGUUACACUACAUUUACUGAGUACAUUUAGAUACCUUCAUAACAAGAAGGGCCUAAGUUAUAAUCUCCUUCUUGGUUUUAUACUUAUUUUGGAACAUUUGUGUAUCUUGUAGUAAUAUUUUUUUGAUUUCUUCUUGGUUAAUUUAAUGAGAUCAAAAUUUUCAUUUAAACGUCAGGCUAGAAGAGCUCUGCGAGCAUUGAAAGGAUUGGUAAAACUUCAAGCCCUUGUAAGGGGCCAUGCUGUGAGAAAACAAGCGGCCAUAACUCUUCGCUGCAUGCAAGCUCUAGUGAAGGUUCAGGCUCGUGUACGAGCAAGGCGUGUUCGAAUGACAUUAGAAAGUCAGACAUCUCAGCAGAAGCUUCAACAACAACUGGCAAAUGAGGCUCAUGUUCGAGAAAUAGAGGAAGGGUGGUGUGAUAGCGUAGGAUCUGUUGAACAAAUUCAAGCCAAGUUGCUAAAGAGGCAGGAAGCUGCAGCUAAGCGUGAGAGAGCCAUGGCGUAUGCUUUGGCUCAUCAGUGGCAAGCAGGAACAAGGCAAGCUGCUGCCCCUGCUGGGUUUGAACCAGAUAAAAGCAGCUGGGGUUGGAACUGGUUGGAAAGAUGGAUGGCUGUGCGUCCAUGGGAGAACAGGUUUCUUGACAUUAACCUCAGAGAUGGAGUAAUGAUACAUGAAAAUGGUUUAUCUGAGGGUAUUAAUGGUGCCAAAUCUCAGAUAAAAUCUAUCACAAAAAACGCAGCUCCAUCAAAUCUUCAUGCUAAUGUUUCCAGCCAGAAAACGGGUCCAUCUCAUUCUGAUGGCAGUGGUUCCUCGCCUGGUAAGUCUGCUAGUGGGAUAGAGGCAUCCAAUGUGCUGUCUUCCAAGCCAAAUCUUGAUGAUAUGGCUGAAGAAGCAAGCUCAAAACCUGUUACUGGUUCAAGAUCCCACAGCAAUCCAAAAGAGAGAUCAAAACAAUCAGAUAAACUAGCAAAGAAGCGAUUGUCUCUACCAAACAGUGGUAAGCUUCAAACCUACUAGGUAGUUUCACUAUUAAUGUUGUCAAGAAAGAAAGUAUUCUCAUUUCAUGAUGUUCUUUUUUCUGGAGGCUCCAAGCAGAACGGGACUCUGGUUAGUAUUCAGGACCAAUCUAAGCUAGCAUAUUUUUUAAGCUGUUGCCAAAAUAAUUGCAGAAUUAGGAAAGUUUCAUGUAGUGUCACUCUGAAAUAAUCAGGAGUUUUAUUCUGCGUCUUGUUAAUUCUCUUUGUUUGGUUUAUUUAGGUCUAGCUCCUGAGACUCAAACAGUGAAGCCUGUUAGAAGUGCUGCGAAAGUGAGUCCUGGUUCUCAUAGGCCAGUCAAGGAUAGAUCCAAGUUUAAUGGACGGGGGAGCUCAAAUCCUACAAAAUCUGUUGCACAGCCCGUUGAUCUCUAGUUUGAAGAAUCCCAUCAAUGAUAACCUCUUAUCCAGGCCUCAAUCCACUUAAAAGUGAAUGUACAUAGUGAAUUACAGUGUGAGGAGAUGCAAUCAAUGAUGCCAUUUAUUUCCUGCCAGCUGUGGUCACAAUGGUAAAAAGUUAAGGAGAUUGGCUUGGGCCGCUUGGCUUUGCAUGCAUGGAAUAAGAUCAGUAAGUCUUUUGUAUGUAUUGUUGAUGUUGUAAUCUCUUUGCGAAGCAGAUGUCCUUUGUCUUUUAGUUAUUUCCCCUCUCCUUCGUCCUUUGUCUUGAUCGAAAUUGUGUUGUGCUGCUUGUGAUUAGAUUACACAUGAGACGGAAAGCUCAGUAUAUGUUGUAAGAAAAAGAAAUCUGAAGUAGUGAUCAUCUGGUAUUUAGCUGGUUGGAAUGGGGCAUCAGCUAUCAUGAAACUCUGUUCAGGUUCAUAAUCUAUUUUCCAUUUUUUCAUGCAAAUAUAAUGCUCUUCAAUCG